AUGGUUUAUGCUAUUUUGAAGAUUGCUUUAAUUGAUUGUGCAAUUUGGGCUCAUCAUAUAUAUACUGUAGGUAAGAAUUCCUGUGCUUAUUUUGCUGCUACUAUAGUUAUUGCUGUUCCUAUUGGUGCCAAGGUUUUUACAUGGUUGACUACUUUUAUGCUGUUUUGUUUCAUUCUCUUUAUUUCUGGUCGUGCUUUUGUAUCUGAUUAUAGUAAUAAUAGUGGUUUGACAUGA